CCAGAAUGGGCCAGACGUUCACGUCUACCGUAGGCACCAUUGAAGUCAAACCUGACCAAGUCAGGGACAUUGACGAUAUUGAGCGGAACGGACGCGUGUUCAGCGACGGAUGUGGGAAAAUCUCCCACAGUCUAGCUGAGAAGGCGAUAAAAAGGUAUUGGGGCAAGCGAGAUAUUAUAGAUAAGGAAAUUCCGUCGGUAUAUCAAAUAAGAUUCCGUGGAUGUAAGGGCGUUGUUGCCAUUGACAAGGAGUUGGAAGGAGAUGUUCUCUGCAUACGACCGAGCCAAAGAAAAUUCGAAUCGUACGAAUUGUAUACUCUAGAAAUAGCGAAAACAGUAAAAGCCCCUCAGCAGGGACAUUUGAAUAGGCAGAUUAUAUUGCUUUUAUCGAACCUCAAAAUCCCCGAUAGUGCGUUUCUAGAACUACAGAACAAUCAUCAGUCAUUUAUCGAAUCUAUGAUGCAGGAUUCGAAACGCGCUGCAGAAGUGAUUCGCCAGAUCAGUAGGGACGGGUCACAUCAAACAAGGACAAUAUUAGAAAUGCUCAAAGCGGGAUUGAUGGAUGAAGAAGAGCCAUUUCUAGAAGCAAUGCUCGAAGUAAAAAAGCUAUUUACGUUAAAAGAUUUAAGAAAUAAAGCCCGAAUCGAGGUACCAUCGACGUUCCUUUUAAUGGGAGUGAUGGAUGAGACCGGGAUCUUGGAACCCGACCAGAUAUACGUUCAAACGUCAACUAUAACAUCGGAGCAUCAAUCCUUCAAAGGGGAAAAAAAAGUGCGAAGGGAACACCGUGUAUGGACAGGAAGGUCUAUUGUAACACGAAACCCAUGUCUGCACCCAGGCGACAUAUCUGUAUUAUGGGCCGUAGAUGUGCCGGAAUUGAGUCACCUGAGAAACUGCAUAGUUUUCUCACAAAAUGGAGACUCGCCCGUAGUCAAUUCUAUGGCUGGAGGUGAUCUAGAUGGGGACGAAUUUUUCGUGUCUUUUGAUGGGCGGUUAAUACCGACAGAGACGUACGAAAGUCUGGAUUAUGACGCCCCGCCAAGAAAAGAAUUAGAUAGGCCCGUAACUGUUUACGACAUUGCAGAAUUUUUUCGCGAUUUCAUGGAGAACGAUCGGCUGGGGACGAUAUGCAAUAACCACUUGAUGUUAGCCGAUCAAAAAGACCUUGGAGUAUUUUCCCCGGAAUGCAUCGACUUGGCCAUAAAGGCAUCCAUGGCCGUGGACUUUAACAAGACAGGCGUUCCUGUCACAGGGCGGUUACCUACGUCCCAGAAGUCUCCUGACUUUAUGGAGAAUCAGACAAAAAUCAAAUACGAAUCCCAGAAAAUUCUGGGAAAACUAUAUCGAAACAUAGAUUUAAAUGAACAUCGCGAUAAUGAAAAGCGAUAUUACAGAAAAUUUCCGAUUGAACCAUUUGAUCGAUUUGUUGAGGACGGCUACAUUGAGUACAUUAAUGAUGCGUUAGCGCAACGAGACAGUUAUAAUCAGGAAGUUCGUAACCUGAUGCAACGACACAAGAUAAAGUCUGAACCGGAAGUGUUCACGGGGAGUCUUUUAAGCGUGAAAACAUGUGGUCGACAUUUGUACGAU